AUGAUUGACCGCGCCGCCGUCACCAACGGAAUAAAGCUCAAGUAUGGCGCGUCGCUGCGCGCACCGUGGCUGGACCAAUGUGCACAGCACGUGGAGCUGGAGCUGCAGCAGACCAGCGACGUCAAGAGCCGCGCCAACACGGUGCCGCUGCACAUCGAGGCGCAAAUCCGGCUGGUGCUCGAGCAGCUGCUGCACUCGGAGAUCGGCAUCUCGUGCUUCCCAUCGCUGGUGCCAUCCGACCAAGCGGCUGGUGUCGCUCGGCUGCCAGCGUCGGCGCCGGGUACAUUCCUGCAGAUCCAGGAGAUUAUAGACGUCGGCGUCAGUAAGCACGCGUUGUGGGAGGCGGUCAAGGAGAAGGAGGACUUUGAGCUGCGCGGCAUCCGCCCAAGCUACAUGGCGCCCGCUACCGACGACGACGAAAGCGCAGCCACAGUUUCGGCUUCGGCCACACAGAUGAGCGCGGUGCAGGCGCAGGGCCUCUCGGGUGAUGCCGAGCGCGAGCCGAGGAUUCCGCGCGGGAUGCUCAAGCUGACGCUGACUGAUGGCAAGAGCUGCGUUUCGGCCAUUGAAAUGCAGCCGAUCCCGCAGCUCAGCGCCGAGCUGCCUAUCGGAACCAAAGUCCUGAUCACAGCCGGCCAACCCAUGGAGCCAACGACAGGCACGCUCUGCCUGAUGGCCGGAUCAAUCCACGUGCUGGGCGGCGCGCCGGCGCAGUAUGCGCAGUACACACUGAGGGCGAGGCUCGAAAGGCUGCUUGAUAAGUGA